UCGUCGGCCGGACCACGAGUCCCGUGGUGCCCCGCGGCUGGCCGCGCAGGCGCAGUGAGUCAGUGCCGGUCGGUCCUGUAGGCGGAGGGGCAGCGGCUGGGUUGAACGGCGUCUGAAGGGGUCGCCGAGCGAGACGGGGCGGGGCGGCCGGCACCAUGUCGAGGCAGGCGAACCGUGGCACCGAGAGCAAGAAAAUGGUAACUUGGAGCCCGUGACCUCGGCGGGCGGGACGGAAUUGAGGCGUCCUGGGGAAGGGGCCCGGCUCGAGCGCGAGCGCGAGCGCGAGGUGCGAUCGGGAAAGGGCCCCUCUGUGAGCUCUGGCCGGGGAAGCCUGCUUGGUGGACCGCUGUGGGGGCCUCGCGGGCCUGAGGCAGGUUGUAGGACGGCUGGAGAAACUCCCCCAGGAGACCCCUUUCGCGUGGAGACCCCGCCCCCGAGGCCUGUGUGCAUCUCUGUGCUAGGCCAACAACAACGACGAGCUCUGAGCUCUUCACCCUGACCUAUGGGGCUCUGGUCACCCAGCUAUGCAAGGACUAUGAAAACGAUGAAGAUGUGAAUAAACAGCUGGAUAAAAUGGGCUAUAACAUUGGAGUCCGACUGAUUGAAGAUUUCUUGGCACGGUCAAAUGUUGGAAGGUGCCACGACUUUCGGGAAACUGCGGAUGUCAUUGCCAAGGUGGCGUUCAAGAUGUACUUGGGCAUCACUCCAAGCAUUACUAAUUGGAGCCCAGCUGGUGACGAAUUCUCCCUCAUUUUGGAAAAUAACCCCUUGGUGGACUUUGUGGAACUUCCCGAUAACCACUCAUCCCUUAUUUAUUCCAAUCUCUUGUGUGGGGUGUUGCGGGGAGCCUUGGAGAUGGUCCAGAUGGCUGUGGAAGCCAAGUUUGUCCAGGACACCCUGAAAGGAGACGGUGUGACAGAAAUCCGGAUGAGGUUCAUCAGGCGGAUUGAGGAUAACCUCCCAGCUGGAGAGGAGUAACCAUCCCUAGGACUUGAGGACAGCCAGCAGAGCACUUGCUGAAAUCAGCAAGCCUCUAGAGCUCAGUGACUCUUUAACAUGGAUGUUGUAUAUUCUUCUAACUUUGUUUCCAUUCUCCAGCCUAAUAAAGAACAGACUGUGAUAUAGUCCAUUUACCCCAUAUGUGCACAUUUAGGAGGGAAGUUAUUUGCUCCCUUUCCCUUCAGAGGGGCUGGAUGUAAAUCAUCCUUGGUUGGACUAGAAAGAGCUCACAUCAUUUUACAUUCCUGUUUGAAUUUUCCAAAGCAAAAACCACUUUGACCCCAUGAGGAGGCAAGCCUGGUACAUUUAUCCCUGGGCCUUCAGAAGGCCAUUGGCAAAUGGUUGUAGGGGUUGUGGGGUGGAGAGAGGAAGGGCUGGGAGGGGAUGGGUAGGAGUUGUUAGCUGUAGUGUGACACACUGAAGUGCUUGCCAGGAAAGGAGCCAGUCAUGCCGGAAACGCUGACUUCUGGGAAGCUACCCAGGUCUCAUUCCUCCCUGCUGUUUGGAGGCAACAUCUCCUCUUUUGCAGAGGGGCCAUCCUUUUUUCUUACAAAUUCUUCAAUAAAGACACAUUCUUGAGUGAAAUCCCA